CCUGACGUCUCCCUUUUCGUAAUAAAGGGACGAAGAGGCCAAUUUUCUGCCACACAACUUGAAAAUUGACAUCUGGAUAGGAAGUAAUAAUCAUUGGUUGACUCUGGAAACUCAGUUGAACGUCAACAGCCGCACAGCUCCCACUCUUGCUUCCGAAUACCAGUGUUAGGGACGGCAAAUAUGCCGACGCUCUCUACAGAUAUUCCCGUUCCUAUUCCAGUUCGCCAUGGCCCCCGCAUCCUAACCAUAGGAGCUGGAUCCCAAGGCCACGCCUAUGCAGAGCCAAUCACACGACUCCAUCUCGGACAAGUCGUUGCAGUAUGCGAGCCCGGUCCUUUCAAGCGAGCCGAGUUCGGGCGGAAAUACAUCUGGGGUCUCAGUAAUCGCUCUGCUCUGCCUCAUGAAGAGUUCGAAGACUGGAAAGACUUCAUCAAGUAUGAAUUCAGUCGACGAGAAAGGGUGAAAACCGGGGAGAUCAAAGAAGGCGAUCCUGAAUUCAAGGGCGUCGACACGGUGUUUAUUACUGUACUGGAUGAGAUGCAUGUCCAUGUUGUCAAAGCUCUUGCACCGCUGGGAUUGCAUACGAUGUGUGAGAAGCCGCUUGCGACCGGUUUGGAUGAUUGUAUUGAUAUCCUGGGGACUGUGACGAGGGAGUGGGAGAUUCUUGGACGGAAGACUGUGUUUGGGAUUGCACAUGUGCUGAGGUAUAGUCCGCAUAAUGUUAUGUUGAGGAAACUAGUGAGGGAAGAUAGGGUUGUGGGGGAUGUGAUCAGCGUUGAACAUACGGAGCCAAUUGGGUGGUGGCAUAUGGCACACAGCUUCGUGAGAGGAAACUGGCGACGCCAAGAUAUGGCGGCUCCUUCGUUACUCACAAAGUCUUGUCACGACAUCGAUUUCCUUAUGUGGCUUCUCUGCUCCUCAGCUUCGGCAAACUCAGCAGAUCCUCCACACGUACCUUCAUUCAUCUCCUCAACCGGGAACUUGAACCAGUUCCGCAAGGCCAGGAAACCACUUGCUGCGGGUUCAGCAACAAACUGUAUUUCUUGCCCCAUAGAGAGGAGCUGUCUUUACUCCGCGAAAAGCAUCUAUGUAGACAAGCUCUUUGCUGAUCCCGAUAACCUUGAGUGGCCGCUCAAAAGUGUGGCACCCGAGAUUGAAGAUCUGUAUUUCAACGAUGGGAAACCAGCGGCAGAGAAGAGAUUACUUGAAGCUUUGGCCGAGGACUACACAACCGAAACCCCGGAUUCGCAAAUCAAGAAACGAUCUUGGUAUGGGCGAUGUGUCUGGGAUGGAGACAACGAUGUGUGUGAUGACCAAGUUGUUACGAUAACGUGGGGUGACGAUCCAUUGCCUAGAGCCAAGGUUGGAAAGGGGGACAAUGGAGCAUUGACAGGAGAUGCAGCAGCUCUGAACGGCAGAUCAGCGAAGACGGCAAUAUUCCAUAUGAUCGCCCCCACAGAGAAGAUCUGCGCACGGAGAGGUAAAAUAUACGGUACAACAGGUGAGAUAUCCUAUGAUAGUGACAACAUCUCUGUCCACUCUUUCGCCACAAGUGAAACGGUAGUACACCCAACAAAGGUUGCCGGGAAGGGCCAUGGGGGUGGAGACGAGUCGAUGGUUGAAAAUUUCUGCAAAGCUGUGCAGGCUGCAAUUUCAGGGGAGAUGGAAGCCUCCGCAGCUCAGAGGCUUUGGUUGGGUUGUGAGAUCGAGGAGAUUGUGAGGAGUCAUGUUGCGGUUUUUGCCGCUGAGAAGGCGAGGAAGGAGAGAAUAGUCGUUGAUUGGCAAAAGUUCUGGGCUAGUGAGGUGGAAGCACGGCUUCAGAAAAGGACGAUAUAGUAAGUUUUCUAGUGGCGAUCUUCCUAUACACAGCAUCUGCUUGAGGGAAUAGGGGAUAGAGAAAAGGUUCUUGUUGAAGAAUGAUUCAAUGCCCUACCUGUUCAUUGCAUUUUUCUCUGAGGACACAAAACCCUUCCCCCAGAAGCAAAUUAUGCAGUGCAAAGUUCCGAAU